AAUAGAACGAGAUGCUAAAAACAGUAAAAAGAGAAGGAGGGAAAAUACGAUAUUUAAAUGGAAUAUAAUUUUUUUUCACUAAUUUUAGAUUAGAAAUAAGUCGUAGAUAAAGUAAAGUAAACACGUAAUUAAAAUCAUAGAUGAGUAUCAAAUUUAGCUACGAGUAUAGAAAAUAAUUAUGACCAUAGUUUGAGGUGGUGUUAGUAAGCUCAAGAAUGAUUGCAGAAAUUUUGUUAGGUACAGCAUUAACAGCUUCCAUAGCCGCCCUUUCAUUGGUUAGCUUCAAAUUAUACAUAAAAUUAACCACUGGAAUUUGCCAAAGUCAAGUGUGCCUUGCUGGAAAAACUGCCAUUGUGACAGGAGCUAACACAGGAAUUGGUUAUGAAACAGCUUUAGACUUCGCAAAAAGAGGUGCCAAGGUAAUUUUGGCCUGUAGAGAUGAAGUCAAAGCAAAAGAAGCUGUUGAUACGAUUAUCACUGAGACCCACAAUAAGAAUGUCGUUUAUAGACUAGUUGAUUUAACAAGUUUUAAUUCAGUCCGAAGGUUUGCCAAUGAUAUAAAUAGUAAUGAAGACAGGCUGGACAUCUUAGUAAACAAUGCAGGAGCUGGAAGGUUGGGAAAUAAAGAGACUGAAGAUGGCAUCUCGAUUAUUAUGCAGACCAACUAUUUUUCACACUUUUUACUCAGUUAUUUGUUAAUAGAUCUAAUGAAGAAACACCCAAGCAGAAUUGUUAACGUAUCUGCCAUUGGGGCCAAAGUAGGGCACAUAGAUUUUCGUAAACUGACAUCUUUUACAACAGAAGCUAACCAGUACAUUACGUCAAAACUGUGCCAAGUAUUGUUUACCAUGGAGCUGGCUUCUAGGCUUCAAGGAACCAACAUAACAGCUUAUUCGUUACACCCUGGGGUUAUAAAGACAGAGAUUUUUAGGAAUAUUACACCUUUGAUUAGGUGGUUUAUCCUGUUUUUCAUUGAUACAUUCUUUAAGACUGCUUCAGAAGGUGCACAAACCCAGAUAUACUGUGCUGUAGCAAACGGGCUAGAAAAGCACAAUGGUCAGCACUUUCAUGAUUGCAAAAUGGUGUCCAGGUACAAGAGUGCCACCGAGCCAGGCUUGUCCAAGAAACUGUGGGAAGAAAGUGAAAGAAUAUGUAAAGUACAGGGAAUAGACACAGACAAAAUUUAGAAAUCAUCAAAUUCGUAAAUCGAUUGGCUGAAUUGUGAAUCUGUUGGUUUGUCUGUAAGAAGUACAAAAAUUGUUUGAAGUAGUUGAAAACAUUUGUUUCUAUUAAAAAUAUCAUAGUACCUAUAUUGUACGUUACGAUUGUAUACAAGCUAUUUUUAUGAAAAGGUUUUAAUUCUUCUAAAUACCUAGGAUGUACCAACCUAGAGUAUGUUAAGUGAUAUUGUAAUAUUUUCAUUUUAUAAAUGUAGAAAUGCGUUGCCAUUUUUAAUUGUAUAAUAAAUAUAAUUGAAGUUUAAAA